AUGUCCUCCAUCGCGUCGUCCCCCACCCUGGGGCCUGCGCACCACGCAGACCAGUCCAUCUUCCGCCCCUACCCUACCGGCCUCACCUUCCACCAAAAGUUCUACAUCUUCUUCCUCCAAGGCUUCAUCGACUUUGGCGCCAACUUUGGAAUUGCCUAUGCGAUGUACCACGGCCAGUCCGACGUUCGACUUUGGGUAUUCAGCAAGAACACAAUAGCCGGUGACCUUGGAGUCACUCCGAUCAUCCAGUGUGCCGCCUCGAUGGUCAUCUCGUCGUCCCUCGUCCACACCGACCUCCACCACCGCGCGAUCAGGCCGCUGCCCUUCGUGUGGCCGCACGUUCAGCACCUCCCCGACCCGCACUACAUCUUCGACAGGAUCUUCCGUGGCCGCGCUAAGCGUAGAGCAGCCGAAGCGGAGCGGAAGGCGGUCGAGGCCGGCCUGCCAGGCGGUGGUGAGCAGUGCGACUAUUGGGAGAACCAGCCGCAUGGCUUCAAAUUCUACUUCUGGAUGCUCGUCCGCUUUGCGUUCGAGGGAACAGAGAUGAACAUGCUCUUUGAGCGGUGCGGGUUCGGAGAGUGGUGGCUCCGCCUGCUCUGGACUGCGGCUCAGGGUGCGCUGCUCGGAAUCAUCUUUGGCCUGCCGUGCUGGAUUCUCGCCAUCAUCAUCCUCGGCCCGAUCUACCGCGGUGGCAAUAUGGGCAACGUCUGGGCUCCCCAGGCCAUCAAGGGCGUGUACGGCUGCAUCGUCGGUUGGAUCACGAACCCGAUCAUUGCAUCGCUGGCGCUCGGCGGACAGUCGGAGCACCACCUCCUUGUCGUUCCGGAGGACAAGGAGGCGCAGGUCGCCGAGGGCCGCGAGGCCGCCGACGCCUCGCCGGCAAUCGACACGAUCGUGGAGGAGGAUGUUGUGGACGGUACGCCUGUCGAGAGCCAGAACCCGCCGUCGCCGUUCCUCCGCCCGUUCCGUCAAGUCACGACGACUUCGGGCCUGUCUGUUCCCGAGAGCUCCCCGGGCGUCAGCGGUUCGCCGGGCCGUCCCCGCGCCCACUCCCUCACCCGCCCCAUUAGCCGCACGCGCACGCGCUCCAGCUCCUUCGGUCACACGCCCUUCACUGCGAACGCUGCGCAGCUCGGUCCUCCCUCGCCCAUCAUCCCCGCCGUUCCUUCACCGCAGCGCCUCAACUCGACCCCUCAGCGCCCGACACGACCCCGAGGCCUGUCGACGUCGGCGGCCCCCGGUCCCCCCGGUCCCUUCAACUACGCUCUCGGCGGUGUCGGAGGCCGUGCCCGUCGUGGACGGUCGAACACCACGACAACAGUCACCGAGAUCGCCCUUGUGCAGCAGCGUAAGCCCGAGGCGCCCUCGCCGACACCGGGAGCCGACCGCGCUACGGACAACCUCGAGCUCGUUCCCCCUCCGCGUCUCGGAGGGCGCGAGAGAGGCUUCUCUGACGUCGCUGGUGGUGCGAGCCACCAGGCUUGGGCGCAGGGCGUGCGCCAGAGCCAUGACGGCGGCGAGCGCCUUGAUGCCGAGUCGAGGCCGAGGCCAGACAUUCCCCAGUUCCGCAUCCAGCGCCCGAGCAUGGAGGCUGGAACGGAGCCGUUCGUCGAUGCCCAGAACGGUUCCAACAACGUCCAGGAGAAGUAG